AAAACCAAGGAGACCAAGAUAGGAAAAACCAAGGAGCCCAAGAUAGGAAAAAUCAAGGAGCCCAAGAUAGGAAAAACCAAGGAGACCAAGAUAGGAAAAACCAAGGAGACCAAGAUAGGAAAAAUCAAGGAGACCAAGAUUGGAAAAACUAAGGAGACCAAGAUAGGAAAAACCAAGGAGACCAAGAUAGGAAAAAUCAAGGAGACCAAGAUAGGAAAAACCAAGGAGGCCAAGAUACAAAAGAUUUAUGUUAGUUUUAUGCCGUGCUCGAAAGACUACAAAAGAAGACAUUGCUAAGUGCUGAAAAUCUGCUGACCAUUUUGUUUAGCACUUUAUUGCACUUUGCACUGUCACUUUCUGUGCUAGAUGAAAUAAUUUAAAAAUGAUUCUGUCUCCCUCAUGGCGGGAUUAGAUAGGGAGAUUCUGUCUGCUCGUGUCAGACUACACUCGUAUGAAUCGGGUCCCAUUUUCUUCCCCUAGCCUUGCUUCACAAGUAUUUACUGCGGGAACAGCGGGUACAGUUGUGUUAUGCCCUGGCUGUUCCAUACAGCCAAUGUUAGAAUUACUCAUUCAACUAUAAGGAAGAUCUUUAAAAAACAAAAAAACAUACAUGCAAAAGACCACUUGCUGUAUAACUGGUGUAAGAGUGAUUGUGACCAAUUCGGUAAAGAGCAUUCUGUAGAUCUUGGUAGAUCUUGUGAGCACUUGUGAGUGUGGCGUCUAUUUAAGGUGCUGAAAUGUUAUACCUCUGUUUGGAAUGAUGGCGAGCGCCAGACUGGAUCAUUACGUGUAUUGCGUGAUCAGAAGCACCGAAGCACUACUCUAUUUAGAAUGAAUCAUAGGGCCUGGCACAUUGCACUCUCACGACACAUAGAGACACACCAUGCCACCACUGGGACUCCGGAGCACAACACUCUGCUGUAUAUAGGACAGUGGCACUGUAGUAGGAGUUUUAACAGGUAGGACCCUAUGGCUGCACACAUGGACAGUACACCUUCUGAUACAGAUGUAUGGGGAAUGCACAAGUCCUUUAAUAACAGUUAAGGUCAUUUGAAUGGGGAGUAAUAUGGGAUUUAGUGAAUCUGUGACAUGCAUGAAUUGCACGACAACUAUAAUAAAACAAUUUCUUUUUUCACAAAUAACUAUAAUAGCAACUAUAGUUACAGUAUUUAGUUGAUUUAGUUUUCCCCAACUAGACAGAGGGAGUUGAGCAUCAGGUGUGGGCUCACAGGACACACAAAGCAUAUCAUAAUGCAUUAGCAGACAUUACCUAUGAAGGCUUUUUGGCAAGGCAGGUCUUAGAUGCUCUCCUCAAACAAGUUUUCGCAAUGCACUUGGCAAACGUAACCAGUACUUAGUUGAGACGCGUCAUGAAGGCUAAACCGAUGUCAACCAGAGAUUAAGAGCUGAGAUGUGUAGCCUAGCCAAAGCAAUCAUCUACUGUAUGCUUGCUUGUCUUUUGUUUCUAUAACGAGAGACUUGCAUCACUGAUAGUAACUGUUGCUGGGCUUAUACACUAUAUACUUAGGCAUCAGCUGAGAGACAUGGCAUAAGUGGCUGGGAAAUAUCAACAGAAAUACACAGUGUAUCAGUAACAGCACUGUGACACACACGCCUGUUGGGGCAUGUUAUGUCUGCAUCUAGGUGCAAAGGAAUCAGAUAUUCAUACAUUACCUUUUCUGCCACAUUUCUACAGUCAUUUGUUGCAGUAGAACUUUUAAGAAUCACUCUUUUUUGUUAAACUAGUUUGAGACGAGUAUCUGUAUCUUCUCAGACAUUACCAUGUUUGCAGUGACAUUUAAAGCCACGUGUUGAUUUAUUUCACAGGUAGUGGUGAAACUGUUUUGAACCCUUCCUCACAAUGGAUGACUAUGAACACAGUGUGCAAGUGUGACUGGGACUCCUUCUUCAAGGAGUGCAAGGAGUGUGACCCCCCCCCCCCCCACGCUGGCUGGAAUGGACUCUGGCAUGAGUGACAUCGAUGAUGCGGGAGGGUCCACUUUCUUAAACAGGGGUCUGCAAGCUGAUCUCGUCAGGUGAUUUGGAGGCUGUCUGCCGCAUCAACCUCUGCAAGUAGGGCGUGGGUAGCUUGGGUAAUGUCCUCUUGGGCAGCGAGGAUGAGGAUGUGCACCUGGAGUUCAUCAAUAGCUUCUUUGAGAGGCUUAAAAGUAUCCCGGAGGCUGAACAGCUUGUUGAGCACAGCCAAGCAACAGUGGGAAAAAGCAGUAAGGCAGCACAGGGGGAGGUGUGUGGUGAUGGGCCACGAGCCAACGGCAGCGCUCUGCCAAUAAACAACCCAGAGUUCAACUCCCUGUCUGCCCGCAGUGAGACAGCAACUAGCAAGGAAACCACAGAGCCAGACAAUGCCAACUCCAACACAAUAGAUAAACCUGACUCCAAGAUGGCCCAUGAGCUUCCAGCCAAUAAUGCCUCUGAAGGCGAGACCAAUCCCAACGUAGAGUUGGUCAUCAGACAGGAGGAUUGGUUGUUGAUGCCAGCAAAUUAAGCAGGGAGGCAGAAGAGUAUCAAACCUGUGACUUACUCAAAGCGGUAUUGGAAAUGACUCAUUAAAGACACCUGCCUCUGGGAAAGAGCUGAACUCAGAAUUAGCUGUAUGUAAAAGUGUGGGUGACAAGAGGCACAGAGAUGCCAUGUUAGAUCAACCAUCAAGAUCUGACUCAUGCCUUAACCCUGAUAGGGAUUCAUCUACAAACCUUGAAGUGAUGCCACACGAUAAAUAAACAGAAGGCAAAUAAAUACCUUGCUGUCACAUCACCAAAGAAAGAUCCAGCAGAGCGUAAGGAGCCCGGAUCAGACUCCAUCAUCCACCAUUAAAAAGAAGAGGACGGGGAAAGAAAACAAUUCAGUAUUGAGCCAAGGAUACGAGAGGCCGUUCUUAGCCAAUCAGAGUAACUCUGAGGAGGAGAGAUGUGUACGGGGAACAGAAAUGGAUGCUCAUGUACAACUAUCAAGAGAUUACACUGCAGUUUAUGUGAAUGAGGCAGGAUGUGAGCAUAUCAAAUCCUCAGCUCACCAAACAAAGAAUUCUCAGUGUCCACCUGCCUAUGCAAAAAUACUCCAAGGGAAAGCCAGAAACAAUGUGCCACCUGGGCCGACUGUAGUGGAAAAACUUUCGACUCCCCAUCUAAGAGACUGUCAAAGUCAAAAGUUAACUGAGAAGAAUGAGUUGAUUGAGAGGCCAGUAAAAGCAGAGUCUCCUGGUACGUAGGCUAACUGUAAACCAGCCGAGUCUAGCUUGCCUUCAAACAGUGAAUGCACUGAUAGAUCAAGCUCCCCACCAGGUCGAGCUGUUGACAGCGGUUUGUCAACAUCUAAUUAGCCAAGCAGUGCAUUACAAUUACAGGCAUCGGCUGAAUUGAAAGAUUGUCCUGGGUUGCCUGUGUCGACAACCACCUGUGCUUCCAGUCACAGAGGAAGGAAAGUUUGGCACAGACGACAUCGCAAAAUAUCAA